CAUUGUUCAGCUCGGUUUGUCAUCGUCGUCGUCGUCACCGUGAAAACAGAAUAUUAAGCUUAGAAAAUUCGUCGCUGGGGAGGAAAAAUCAUUCACAAUUGUCAUUCGGUUGAUUUCGGACGUACGCCAGUGCGUAUUUUCCCGUAAGUGCUAUACGUUCGCUUGCUCCGAUAGUUUGCAAACCCGGUGUUCCAAAUUUUGCAUCACUGGCGCUGAGGUGGAAAGUCGUACGAUGGUAAAACCAUUUCCGCACCCUGCUUGAUGGUUGAGUUUUGUGCGAAUAAGUUAUCAAGAUAAAGGCCUGCUGGAAAAUAGUGCAGUUUUCGGUUUCGGUUUGGUAUAUUACCUGCUUUGCAUAUAUUUACAUUAGGCAUUGUGUAGGGAUAGUGUUUGCUUUAUUGUUUUGCACUGACGUGUCAUCGAGGGACAGCAAAACAAUGCAGUCUAGUUGUGAAAUGUACCGCAGCAGUGUGAAAUGAUUCGUGUUUGCUGGGAGCAGCGGAAAACUUGCCAAUGGUGAUGAGACUGUGCCUCAUACGGGAAGCAACAGAAAAACUAGUGGCGUGUAGUGGCUAGAUAUGCACUUCUAAGAAAGGGGAAAAAACAAGAACGGAUAUAACAGAAUAGUUUAAGGGUCAUAUUCUUACGUAAGGCCUUUUAUGUUUUAAUUGAGGCUUGUUGGACUUGAAGCCAGUUACAAGAAACGUCGUCCUUCAAGCUUUGCCUAGGAUGUCGUUCGUAAGCGGAACCACAGACAACGAGGCGGCACAAAAGUUUCUGGAGGUAUUGCAGAAUGACUUUCGCAAUCUGUCACUGGAAACGAAGAAAAAGUACCCACAGAUCAAGGAGUCAUGCGAGGAGGCCAUAAUAAAACUGAAAACGGCCGUAGCCAAUCCUCAAACCCCGGUCUACUACGUGGUCAAUCAAAUUCUGUACCCGCUGGUGCAGGGCUGCGAGACAAAGGAUGUUAAAAUCAUCAAAUUUUGCCUAGGAAUGAUGCAACGAUUGAUCACCCAACAGGUGGUAGACCAGAAGGGCGCUCGGUACAUCACCGACACGCUGUGGAUGCUGAUGGAGAACGGGACAGAGGAGGUGAAGGUACUGCAGAGCGUAACUUUACUACUGACCACCAACGCGGUAGUUCACGGUGAAACACUUGCCAAGACAUUGGUUCUUUGCUUCCGGUUGCACUUUACCAAGGAUUCUACAACGAUCAAUACGGCCGGAGCGACUGUCAGGCAACUUGUUUCUCUCGUGUUUGAAAGGGUCGUUGCUGAAGAAGCGGAAGCCGAAGCUAACCAAUAUGAGAGGAGGGAUGUUAACUUGGAAGAACUUAAACUGGCUACCGGGGUGGCCCCGAAGGGGCUGCGACCGUGCGCGGCGGAUGCUUUCCUGCUGUUUCAAGAUUUGGUACAGCUGGUCAAUGCGGAUCAACCGUACUGGCUACUGGGUAUGACUGAAAUGACGCGAACAUUUGGAUUGGAGUUGCUUGAAUCCGUACUCACUCAGUAUACGUCCGUGUUCUAUAAGAACCCGGAGUUUUCGUUUUUGCUAAAGGAACGCGUUUGUGCCCUAGUCAUAAAGUUAUUUUCGCCGAACAUAAAGUACAGAACGAUGGCACCACAGAAUGCCCAAGCGACUGCGCCGCACGAUAAACCGUACUUCCCCAUCAGUAUGCGACUGCUGAGGGUUGUUUCUAUCCUCAUCCAGAAGUACCACAGCCUGCUGGUUACGGAAUGUGAAAUAUUUCUUUCGUUGAUUGUGAAGUUUUUGGACCCCGAUAAACCAUCAUGGCAGCGGUCGCUUGCACUAGAAGUGCUGCACAAAAUGACUAUCCAACCAGAACUGCUGGUGUCGUUCUGUCGCUGCUACGAUCUGAAAGAUCACGCCACCAACAUUUUUCAGGAUAUUAUCAACUCGCUCGGAACUUACGUCCAGAGUCUGUUCGUCAACGCACAGCUUUUGAACAAUUCCGUCGGCGGAGCUCAGGGACAACCGACAGCGAUAAUCGGUGGACUACCCGUUGGGCCAGGAAUAUCUCCCCAACCAGGGUUCCUGUUUCGGGGAGUAUUUCUUCCCCUUGUGGUGACUUUUCCUACUGGUCAGUCAAAAUCAACAUUUUUGGAAAUGCUCGAUAAAAUGGAACCACCUCCCAUUCCGGAUGGUUAUGGAAUUUCCGUUGCGUAUGCUUGCCUACUGGAUAUUGUUCGAUCGAUUUCGUUAUCGAUUCAAGGACCUUCACAGUUGGGCGAUGAAAAUCCAGCGCCCUAUAAAAAUCGCGUCUCGGAGGAAGAUAAAGCUUUGCAUAUUCAGUUGAUCUAUUCCAGCUGGUUGGGAUUGUUAUCAGCGUUGGGUCCGCUGAUCGAUGCUGCGACCGAUGAAUCGUCAACCGAGAACGUGCUUAAAGCUAUCCAGAACUACGCUGCUCUGUGUGGUUUGCUGGAGUUGCACACUCCAAGGGAUGCUUUUAUCACAGCCCUGUGCCGAGCAUCGCUUCCUCCGCACUAUGCCUUGUCGGUGUUGAAUGUCAACUAUCAGGGUAAUCAAUUUAAAUCCCACUCUCGCGGUGGUAGCCAGGACAUGGGGAACGUGUUCUUGGGAUCGUACGGCGAUGCUGAUCAGCAGCAACAGCAGCGCCAUCCGGUGGUGGCUGUCGGCACUCCGCUUCCUACCUCUUCGCUGCCCGUCGGAGCCCAUCAGGGACCGGUAUUAUUGACCGCCAAGAACCUGCAAUGUAUGAGAUCCGUUCUACACUUGGCUCAUUGUCACGGAGGAAUAUUGGGUAGCUCGUGGCAUAUUGUGCUAACCACACUUCAACAUUUAGCUUGGAUACUAGGCCUGAAACCGUCUACUGGUGGAAGCUUACAAGCAACGCAAAAACCUCCAACGGAUGCAAAUUCUAUCACUCAGGUCAUGACAGAUCUUCCGGUCUUGUCUACCAUGUUGAGUCAGCUUUUCGAGUCGAGCCAGUACCUGGACGACGUCGCCUUACAUCACCUGAUCGAUGCUCUUUGCAAACUUUCACACGAGGCUAUGGAACUCGCGUAUAACAAUCGCGAACCUUCGUUGUUUGCAGUGGCCAAACUAUUGGAAACUGGUUUAGUAAAUCUUGCACGCAUCGAAGUCCUCUGGCGUCCGCUCACAAACCAUUUGCUGGAAAUCUGCCAGCAUCCUCAUAUCCGUAUGCGAGAAUGGGGUGUAGAAGCCAUCACUUAUUUGGUGAAAGCGGCCUUGCAGUAUAAGUACGAGAAACCGUUGAAAGAGAACCUUAAACUUCAGACCAUGUUGUUGGGACCGUUAUCGGAGCUGUCUUCAGUACCGCAUGGAGAUGUCCGUCAACGACAGCUGGAGUGCGUGCUGCAAGUUCUAAAUGGUUCCGGCGAAACCCUGUCGCAUGGGUGGCCUCUAGUUUUGGGCAUUAUUGGAGCAGUCAGUGAUCACCAUGGUGAAACUUUGAUUCGAAUUGCCUUCCAGUGUUUGACGCUUGUGGUAACCGAUUUCCUAACCGUGAUGCCAUGGCGUUGCCUGCCACUAUGUGUCAAUACGGCAGCAAAGUUCGGAUCCCAAACGCAGGAAUUGAACAUAUCGCUUACGGCUGUUGGUUUGAUGUGGAAUAUCUCAGACUAUUUCAACCAGAAUCAGGAGAAACUGUCGCAAACCGUCUGCGAUGAUACUUCGGUUUUGCCGGAUUUCCCUGGUACCCUGAAUAUGCCCCACUUCGAUCGACUAUGGAUGUGCCUGUAUGCCCGGCUUGGUGACCUCUGCGUCGAUCCCAGGCCGGCGGUCCGCAAGUCAGCUGGGCAGACUCUGUUCUCGACGAUUUCCGCGCACGGAAAUCUGCUGAAUCCGCCCACCUGGCAGGCGGUCCUCUGGCAGGUACUGUUUCCGCUGCUGGAUAAAGUGCGAGCCCUGUCCAGCUGUGCUAGCAGCGAAAAGGUAGACACCAGUGGAAACAUACUGAUCCACCACUCGAGAAACACCGCUCAGAAACAGUGGGCGGAGACACAGGUGUUGACGCUGUCCGGAGUGUCUAGGGUGUUCAACACUAAGCGCACCCUGCUUCAAAUGUUGGGAGACUUUCCACGGGCCUGGGCUCUGCUGCUGGAGUUCAUCGAGAACUCUGCCCUCAGCAAGAGCAACGAAGUUUCGCUGGCGGCCUUGAAGUCUUUCCAGGAGAUAUUGUACAAUCGUCCGAUGCCGCCACCGGAUGAAUCGAUUAAAUUAGCUAAGGAUUCGGAGAAGGCAGCCACUGAGGAGAUUGAUAUCUGGAACGUUGCCUGGCGUGUUUGGUUGACGAUCGGAGCUGAAAGCACGAAACCGCCUACGCUGUCUGAAGGUCCGGACAAGGGAGGCGAAGAUAUCUAUAUUCCCAGUCAGGCUUUCUUGACGGCAUUGGUUCAAAUUUUCCCCGCCUUGUUCCAGCAUAUAAGGACACGUUUCACCAACAAGGACCUGACGCAGUUUUGUACGGUGCUGAUGAAUGCUGUGGCCGUCCCGGUUCACAGUGAUUCGACGCCGUACAUUAUGUCGACCAUUUCCGAUUCGUUGCUAACUCCGCUACAUGACGGCGUUCUGGACUGCAUGGAACUGCUGCAGAAAGAAGCGGUCGGGGGUGGUAAAGAUGGCGCAAAUUUGAAACAUAUGCUAACGGCCAUAUUCAAGCAACUGUUGAGCUUUAGCAAGUUUGCUUGCGUGCCACCGUCCUUCGACCGAAUUGAAACAAGGCCAGUAAAAUCAACGCGCUCUGGCAGUGGGGGAAUGAAUCAUCAGUUGCCCACUGGUAACGGCGUCGAAUGGGUCAGCAUGAACUACAUUCCAUUCGGAGAGAAAGCACUAACGGUUGCCGUUAAAUUGUAUCAGCAAACAGCAACCGACGAAACGGUGAUCGAAGGUCAAAUCUUGCAUGAGAUCAUCCGAGCGCUGCAUCUGCCUCUGUCGCUGAAGUACAAAUGUAUGUCGGCGAGCACUUGGAAGUUGGCUAUUUCCAGCCUGAUGACAGUAUUGCACACCGGACUACCAGUAGCACGCAAGUAUCCGAAGCAGUUUAGUCCACUGUGGAAGGAUCUGUCCGAUACGUUAGAUCAAUUUCUGUUCCCCAAGAGUGUUUGCGUUGUUGAAGAUCGCGGAUUAGAUGAGCUGGUGCUGGAUGAGUCCAUCGAUUGCCAAGUGAUAGAGCUAAUACGCGAUGAAAUUCUCCCGUUCAGCCAUGAGAUUCCGCAGCAGUUUAUACUGGACGCAGUAGUGCUGUUAAAUAAGGGCUCUAUCCAUUCAGCAACCACGGGAAGCACACCAUUUGCGGGCUGUGAAACAGAACUUAAGCUGCGGGAAGAGUUUGCCAAAACGUGCUUUGAAACUCUACUGCAGUUUUCGCUGUUGGACGAUGGAAUGAUGAACGUUGGUCUGGGGAGCAAUAAAAUGAAUAAUAAUUCGGAAAAGGACUCAACAGUCACUUUGGGAGGCGAUGUGAAUGAAGGUGGCAUCGCUGGACGAUUGGCCAUCACCGCGCUGCUGCAUCGUUUCGAGGAGGUCCUACGAAAGUUCAACGAUGAUGAACGGUUGAGCGGGAAAUUUCCUCUGCCGAGAUAUCGGCUGUCGGAGAUAUCUUUUGUACUGAAGGCAGUCGCUACACUUGUGAUAUCCAUGAAGAAGGCUCCACCGAGUAAAGUUGGAACAACCGCCUGGGAGCAACUGAUUGGCCUGUACCCCUACCUGGUCGAAUGUACAACUACAUCCUCGGCUGAGGUUUCCCGUUCCCUCCGGGAAGCCCUACUUCAGUAUUGUGACCUUCUGCGGCCUCCCUUAUCGGCCACGAACGGCAGCAGCAGCAGUUCGUCUUCAUCCCCGGGCAACAACAACGAACUGGCUAACAGUAAUGGCAUCAGCCACUGUUAGCUGGUUUCCUUUCCAACCGGAUGCUUCUACUUUCUGCGGCUGUACGAUUCCGACAUGUUGGUAAAAAUUGUUUUCUAGAUGAUAAGUUCUCCAUUCUAUUUGUGUAAAAUGCCUUCAAUGUGCAUCGCUAUCCACUUUUUUUCUUACCUUUUUAAGACUUGAUAUGUAUUUGUAGGAACACAUAACAUUAUUUAAACUUUUAAUGGUUGAAAAGAGAAUGAUAGUUUGAUAUCUCUAUUCGAGUAGUGAAUAUAGAAAUAGUUUUAAAAAUUCCUUUACGGCAUGUGCAAAAAUAUAAUCAAAAAUCGUGAUUGAUAUGUAACUGUUUCCUUCUAUAUUGAGUUAGUCAAUUAUAUUCGAAAAAAAAGGAAGCACACGCUUUUCCUCAGCACUAGCUUUUUACAUUCAAUUCCUAAAUUAUCUCACGCGUUCGGCUGAUUAUAGUUUAACCAUCAAGUACAUUGCAAUAGUAUUUAAACGCAAUAAUAAACCGUUCAUUAUAGUUACAACCAUGUAGUGGUUUGCAACUUUCUUUGUUGCCGUAGUUUGAGCAACCUUCUGAAUUAGCAGUACUAGUGCCAAUAUUAAACUUCAGACCUAUCCUGCUAAAAAAAAUUUGAAGCGUCUUAUCGCCAUCAUUUGUUCCUGUUCCUGAAAAAUUCAUACAUUCAAAGCAUUAAUAAAUUACCCACAGUUUCUCGUUCAUAUAUUAGUACACUUUCUUUUCACAAAUCAGAAACAUUUUACAAGAUUUUAGAUCACUAAACAAAAUCAAAUAACACAAAUUCUGCGGUUGUGUUAUGGUAAUGUGAAAACCUAAAGAAAUAAACCCAUUUUUAAAUACUUACGAAAUAGAAAAAUACAUGCUAUACUAUACGACAUAAUAAAACAAAAUCUGCUGAAAUCGAAAGGUGAGCGGGUUGCACAAUUGAUCAAAACACUUGAAGGAUAACACAGAUGAACUUGUUUAGAAAAGCUUACAGGAGGUCGUGCCAAUACUAGCCUCACGCGAGUAACUCGUUUGCUUGAAUUGCUUACUCUGAAAAGUUGUUAGAAUCGCGAAAGGCCAAUAUACCGAAAGAAGCUUGAAACCCCAAUAAAUUAGGAUAUUACGAUGUGACGGGUGUUAGAAAACUUCGUUAUUUCACGAGAGGUUUGUAAUGUUGCAACCCCUGUACACUAAACUUAAAACUAGAAGAACCGCAUACAAAUACAAUAAAGCGAGAAACGAAUUUAUAUUGGAAGAGACAGUUAAUAAAAUGGUUCUAAUAAAUUAAA